GUUUAGAGAUUUAAGAUGCCUGAGCCCGCAAAGUCCGCCCCUGCCCCGAAGAAGGGCUCCAAGAAGGCCGUGACCAAGGCGCAGAAGAAGGACGGCAAGAAGCGCAAGCGCAGCCGCAAGGAGAGCUACUCGGUGUAUGUGUACAAGGUGCUGAAGCAGGUGCACCCGGACACGGGCAUCUCCUCCAAGGCCAUGGGCAUCAUGAACUCGUUCGUCAACGACAUCUUCGAGCGCAUCGCCGGCGAGGCUUCCCGCCUGGCGCAUUACAACAAGCGCUCGACCAUCACGUCCCGGGAGAUCCAGACGGCCGUGCGCCUGCUGCUGCCCGGGGAGCUGGCCAAGCACGCCGUGUCCGAGGGCACCAAGGCUGUCACCAAGUACACCAGCUCCAAGUGAAAUGAACGUCCCAAGAGGAGUAGACCAGACGACUUUUCUACCACUCUUCAGUGCUGGAAGUUGUUUCAUUUGACAAAUGGGACAAUGGAAAUGGGUGGAGAUUAGUGGCUUUAUUUCCAAAACUUGAGGAACAACUAAUAAGCAUCUGGCUAAAAAUUCUAUAAAAAAAAUGUUCACUGUAGAAAUUUGUGAUAAGAAAGUAGAAAAUUAAAAUAUUCUUAGCAAAAUUA